GGCGCGCGGUGUGCCCUUAUCUCUUAUCAAUGUUUAAAAUAUAUUUCAACAACAAAAAACAAUUAUUUUUCCAUUUUUUCCUCUUAAAUAAUUCGUAAUAAAAAUUGUGCGUUAUUAGAAUAACUCCAAAAUAAAAUAAAAAUCGUAAACUGUAACUUCUUCAAGACUAAAAACAAUUACAACACACUUGAUUGUGAAUAAUACGUUUAACUACCAUCUACUACUAUUUUUUAGUUCAUUACUACUGCUGCCACUGCUACAGACGAUAUUUAAAUAUGGACAUGUUAAGGAAAGCGUUGAGUGGUCAAGAUCGAGACAAUGAUAGUUCUACUGGAAUUUUGCCUAAUGUUAAUCAAAUGUCAUCAUUAGAAUGGUCUACUCGUAUAAAAGGAUUUAUUGCAUGCUUUGUAAUUGGAAUAUUUUUUUCAUUAUUGGGUGCAACAGCAUUAGUUUUACCUCUACAUAGAAAAAUUGCUGUAUUUGGUAUUUUUUAUACACUCGGAAAUAUUACAUCGCUUCUUAGUACUUGUUUUUUAAUGGGGCCAGUAAAACAAAUAAAAAAGAUGUUUUCGUCCUCUAGAAUUGUUGCAACCAUCAUUGCUCUUGCAAUGAUUGUUCUUACAUUAGUUGCUGCAAUUGGCAUGAAAAAUGCCCCAUUAACUUUUCUUUGCAUUAUUUUUCAAUUUCUCGCAUUGACUUGGUACUCGUUGUCUUACAUACCUUACGCAAGAGAUGCCAUUAAAAGCUCGAUGUCUACAAUCAUAGCAUAAUUCAUUGUUCAUUUGUUUAAAAGUUAAUAAAUUAAUAGUUAACUUAAAAUUGUUAUCAUAGAUGAUAGAAUACAAAAAUAGACACUAUUGUAUCUAUCAAUUUGUUAUACAGAUUGUAUUCCAGUACGUUAAUUUGUUGAAAUUUAUACUUAACUAUUUAGUGUUUAAUGUGAAUCCAGUUAUCUGCUAAGUCAUAAUUUAUACACAUGUUUAUACACUGUUGUUAUUAAUACUAUAUGGGUAUUUAUUUAAUACAAGCAUUUAUUGAAAAUAUAGUAUUUCAUAAACUUAAUUAAUUGAAUAUAUUGAGAAUUUGGAUAACUAGCAAUAACUAAUGAGAUAAAAAAUUGUUUAUGAUACUGUUAAUUAUAAUUAUUGUCUUCCUAUAGAAUCUGAUUUUGUUAUUAUUUAAGAGAAAUAUUUUAUUUUUUUUAUAGCUAAUUGAUUGUAAUUUGAAUCUAUAAACAUACAAAUGUUCACUAACUAAACUAUGUCAAUUAUUAUAUUGUAUUAUGUCAAUUAAUUAUGGUACUAUGUCAAUUUAAUUUGGAAAUGUUAUAAAGUUAAGUUUAAUUGUAAGCAAUAAUGUAAUGUAUGUGUUAAAUUAUAUUUAUGAUUAUGUUUUUUGGUUAUUAUGUUGAUAAAUAUAAAAUUAAAUAUUCCAUUUUUACAAUUAUGUGAAAUGUAAAAAUUAAUCAGUAAAUAAAAACUACAUUUAUUUAAUAAGAAUUCAUUCAAAAGUAAAUCAAUUAAGUUUUAAAUUUAUUUUUGUGUUUAAUUAUAUAAAUAGUCUACAUCUAUUAAAUAAAUAUAAUUUGAAUUCAACAAUAAAUCAUAGCAUAUGAAAAACAA